AUGUCUGGUCGAGGAAAGCAGGGUGGUAAGGUGCGAGCUAAGGCAAAGUCUCGCUCCUCGCGGGCUGGGCUGCAGUUCCCGGUGGGCCGAGUGCAUCGCCUGCUUCGCAAAGGCAAUUACGCUGAGCGGGUGGGUGCCGGAGCCCCGGUCUAUAUGGCCGCGGUGCUGGAGUAUCUGACCGCUGAGAUUCUCGAGUUAGCUGGCAACGCUGCUCGGGACAACAAGAAAACCAGGAUCAUCCCCCGUCACCUGCAGCUCGCCAUCCGUAACGACGAGGAGCUCAAUAAGUUGCUGGGGAAAGUCACGAUCGCUCAAGGCGGUGUCUUGCCCAACAUCCAGGCCGUGCUGCUGCCUAAGAAAACUGAGAGUCACAAGGCGAAAAAUAAGUAAAAACGACCAAGAAGAAACGGAAAAUAUUACUCCAAAAACCAUUGCAAAGGCUCUUUUCAGAGCCACCCACAAAAUCAAAAAAGGGCUCUGUUAUCUUUCGCUU